UAUCAUCUCGCGCUCUUAACGCAGGAGGUAUUCCAUCUUCUUUCUGCCCCCUCUGUCGGCAGCAACACUCGUCCACUUUUGUUGCUUCUCCAUAACUUUCCAUUGCAUGCGUUUCCUCCCAGAUUGAAUGAAUGCCGGUUACUUUGGGACGGUUGCAUCAACAUCAUUCAUAUCAUACUGUAUCCUCUUACCACCAUCCACACCAUGGAAGCCCGCAGACCACACGAUGCGCGACGAGCCACACCUACGGUUCUCCUGCUCUGCUGCGGAAGUUCGUUUUAGACACCACUUUCAACCGCAGUCCCGUCCCCCCUGCCGACGAACACCAUCGCGUCGACGACUAGCUACGACGAUCAGCCCGUCGCUAGCCAACGCCUUGCGCGUAGCCAUCCUUUCUCAGCGCCCACCGGUGUACAACUGAAACCGCGUCCGGGGCGGCGACGUAGAGCUUGCCAGGUGCUGCGGUUUUGAGUCCAAGGGGGAUUCAAAUAGUGCGCGGGAUGGUGCAGCGGGGUGUGCUCGACGCAGAGGACGCAGGAAUACGGAUACAGAUACGAAUAAGACUAUCAGCAUGAGCUCGAGCAGGACUCCUCAACCCAGCCGACAUGGGACGGCCUUGCGACGGGGCAAGGCGUGUCUCAAUUGUCGGCACCUGAAGAUUAAGUGCGACGGUGAGCGACCUGUCUGUGGGCCGUGCACGCGCGUGCCGAAAGACGACCCUUGCGAGUUUACGGACGAUGGGACGUCGCGUACGGUCGAGCUGGAGAACACGAUCGUCCGUUUGCAGUCUCGGAUCGACGAACUAGAGGACAAGGAUCUUCCACCGCGUGUGGCACACCCACUACUGGAUGCUUUCUGGCCGCACAUGACGGAGGUCGGAUACUUCCUGCACCCAUCUCGUUUGCAGGACGUGUCAAGACCACCACCGGCUCUUCUCUUCGCCGUGUACCUCUGGAGUGCCCAGCUGACCGGCCAGUCGGACAUGGAAUCGACAUUUCUGCGGCGCGCUCAGACACACCUGGCAACAGAAACUUCGUCGGCAUCCUUUUUGUAUACGAUCCAAGCACAUGUUCUGCUGUCGACCUAUAUGCUGCGCAACUGCAGACUGGUGGAAGCCGAAUACUACGCUAGUGGGGCCGGGUCCCUGGCUCUGGGAUACCACCUAAACGCGUCUAGUCAUUCUCCCCUGGACGGAGAGCAGAUCCGCGGGUUCUGGGCUGUCGUCACGCUUCAAAGCAUGCUCGGCAUUGCGAUCUCGAUCCUGGAUGCUCCCGGCGUGGAGAUCUCCACGCCGAUGUCAGGAUGGGAAGAGGGGUACUCUGGCUCCGCUCAGACCUUGCAGGCGUUCCUGUACGAUGACGUCCCGGGUUCACUGAGCGCUGCUACAUCCCAGGCGGCCGUAUUGCUGCAUUACAGCAGGCGCCAGACUGCCGGCGCUGACAUCUCGUGGCUGGACUCCCGUAUCGCGCGAUUCUGGAGCUCCCUUCCUCCUAUUGCUGGCUACCCCCUGGCGCAUGGCCUAGCCGCUACAGCGACCAUCCAUCUACAUCGUUUCCGGGCCACGGCGGACUCGCGCGGGAAGCGUAUCUACGCUGCCACCAGCCUUGUUGGCGGCCCGCGUGCCAUGAAUCCAGGCAUGCCGGCGCUGAUUGCAUUGGGGUGCGACGUGUUGAUGGACGAGAUGCGGGAGGCUGAGAGUGGCGGCGGCUCGUUGCUGUUGCUUGAGAAGCUUCAGGUUGGGAUUACUGCGCUGCGGUUGUAUGCGGAGAACAGUCCGCUCGCGAGAUACCAUCUGGGGCGCAUUUUACAGCAACAUGCCGCGUUUUAGAGACGUUAUGUUAUGAGAUGCUGUAACAGUGAAUAUCACAUGUUCGAGUCCCCUCUCGCUUGUGGACAGAAACACACAGCAGUACGGCCUUCAAUUGGAUACAAGGGCGUCUUUCGAGUUGCCGAUACUUGUACGCGGACGCAGAAAUACCCACGCUGAUCUUACUUCCCCCACCGUGACCGAGAUUUGUCUUCAGUUGUACGGAACUCAUGCGAUCUGCGGCAGCUCCUCUGACCCACCGGCAAUCAUCCCCGGCGAGAAGUCAAUGCUUUCAAAGAGCGUGAAGGCAGGUUUGUGUGUCUGCCCAAGCUUCGCAGAAAUGAGGACAUUCUCCGAAGAAACCAAAGGGUCCCGUGCUCAUUAGGAUGUGGAGCGAACGACAGGGUGCAGGCGACUCGGCGCGAUCCGUGGGGCAGGUAUAAUGAGCGUUGUGAAUCAAGGCUCGGCUCGCGAGACAAUGAUUGUGUUCUUACAAAAGCGUGUUUAGCUUCGACUUCGUAGAGAAUCUAGGAAUGGCCUGGUCUUUUCUAGGCAGCACGAAGCGAGACGCCAAAACUCGGGCAAUUGCGUGUCCUUAUAGUCAGCCCAUUUUAUGCAUAGGAGAAAAGGACACGUCGACCAGAAGCCGGGGACGCGAUGCCCUAAUAGAGCCCGAGAGGGGAGAUGGUUAUGCCUUACCUGCCGGGUGCCCGUCGUGGGCCAUUUUGCG